AUGGCGGACGAAGACUACUUUUCGCCGGACGAGUCGGAGACGGGGCGCUCGGCGGUGAGCGCGCCUGCGACGACGGCAUUUCGCAAGAUGUCGCGUCUGCCGAGUAACGAGGGUCGUGCAGACCUGCGUGCGUCGCGCUCCGUGACGUCGCUGCGCAACCCCUACCUGCAGGACGAGGAGAUGGCGCCGGCGGGCGAGGACGACGACGAAGAGGCGGCGCCGGCGCCGGCCAAGUCGGUGCUCUCGCCGACCGCUGCGCCGCACACGCCUGCGUCGGUGCUGCGUGCGCAGGCGCCGGUUGCGUCGACCUCGUCGAAGCGCACGCGCGCGGGGCCGACGCUCGUGCCGAAUGCGCCCAAAGUGCCCAAGACCAUCUCGGAGAAGAACAACACGCCGCGCCUGAUUGUCGUGCUCGAGCAGGCAUGCCUCGAGACCUACAAGAUCUCGAGCGGCAGCGCGACGCACGCGCGGGGAAACAAGGAGGCGAGCGAAAAGUACGCACUCCUCAACUGUGACGACCACCAAAAGGUGCUGGCAAAGAUGGGCCGCGACAUUGCCGAGGCGCGCCCGGACAUUACGCACCAGUGUCUCUUGACACUCCUCGACUCGCCGCUGAACAAGGCGGGUCUCUUGCAAGUGUACAUUCACACCUCCAAAGGCGUGCUGAUCGAGGUGAAUCCGCAGGUGCGCAUUCCCCGCACGUUUAAGCGCUUCAGCGGACUGAUGGUGCAACUGCUUCAUCGCCUGAGCAUCCGCAGCGUCAAGGGCUCGGAAAAGCUCUUGCGUGUGAUCAAAAACCCCGUGACGGACCACUUUCCCCCAAACACCCACAAGAUUACGCUCUCGUACAAUGCGCCGGUGCAGCGCCUCUCGUCGUACCUCGCGACCGUACCGCCCGACCGCUCGCUCGCGGUGUUUGUCGGCGCGAUGGCGCACGGAGAAGACAACUUUGCGGACAACGUGGUGGACGAAAAGAUCUCCAUCUCGGAGUACUCGCUAAGCGCAAGCGUAGCGUGCGGCAAGUUUUGCUGCAGCCUCGAGGAUCUGUGGGGCAUCGUGUAA